AUGUCUUUUUAUAUUUCAGACGAAAAAGGAGAUGAUGUAUCGCCGCCCCUUAGGCCAGGCCAACCUGCAUUCACGACGCCAGACGAAAAAGGAGAUGAUCUAUCGCCGUCCCCUACGCCAGGCAAGCCUGCACUCACGACGCCAGACGAAAAAGGAGAUGAUGUAUCGCCGCCCCUUAGGCCAGGCAAACCUGCAUUCACGACGCCAGACGAAAAAGGAGAUGAUGUAUCGCCGUCCCCUACGCCAGGCAAGCCUGCAUUCACGACGCCAGACGAAAAAGGAGAUGAUGUAUCGUCGCCCCUUAGGCCAGGCAAACCUGCAUUCACGACGCCAGACGAAAAAGGAGAUGAUGUAUCGCCGUCCCCUACACCAGGCAAACCUGCAUUCACGACGCCAGACGAAAAAGGAGAUGAUGUAUCGCCGCCCCUUAGGCCAGGCAAGCCUGCAUUCACGACGCCAGACGAAAAAGGAGAUGAUGUAUCGCCGUCCCCUACGCCAGGCAAACCUGCAUUCACGACGCCAGAUGAAAAAGGAGAGGAUGUAUCGCCAUCCCCUACUCCAGGAAAACCUGCAUUUGUGUCACCAGGAGAAAAAGGAGAUGAUGUACCGCCUUCCCCUACUCCAGGAAAACCUGCAUUCACGACGCCAGUUUUUAUUUCAGACGAAAAAGGAGAUGAUGUAUCGCCGUCCCCUACGCCAGGCAAACCUGCAUUCACGACGCCAGACGAAAAACAAGAUGAUGUAUCGCCGUCCCCUACGCCAGGAGAACCUGCAUUCGGGACGCCAGUUUAUACUUCAGACGAAAAAGGAGAUGAUGUAUCGCCAACCCCUACUCCAAGAAGACCUGCAUUUGUGACACCAGAUGAAAAAGGAGAGGAUGUAUCGCCAUCCCCUACUCCAGGAAAACCUGCAUUUGUGUCACCAGGAGAAAAAGGAGAUGAUGUACCGCCUUCCCCUACUCCAGGAAAACCUGCAUUCGUGACACCAGGCAAAACGGGACAGGAUGGAAAGACGCCCCCCAGUGCAGGCAAACCUACAGCCGCAACAACAACAGGGCCAAAGUGUUCCGACGAAGAUGUGGAAAUAUGCGGUGCACCUUGCGUUCUGGAGGACGGGAACCCGAUUUGCCAGUGCAGGGACAACCAACGAGAUGCUGGUUAUUUUGGCUGUAGUGACGUAUGUUCGCAAAAGGGACUCAAGGACUGCGUAUUUGGCAGAUGCUUCAUCGAGCACCACAUUGACCGAUGUAAAUGUGACCCACCCUUCGAGCUGGACACAAACCGCCGUUGUGGGCUGAAAGACAUCUUCUACAUCUUGAAGUUCAAAGUGGAUCGCGGUGCUCGGUCUAGGCGUUCGGCAGACCUUUGUCCUGAGUCUGAUCAAGUAAAACAAUCGAUGAAACAAGUCUACCCUCACGUGAAGAAUGUAGAAAUUCUGGAUUGCCCGAAUGGUGAAUACAAGAUUCGCCUCGUGUUCGACAAGAGACCUGAUGAAGCGAAAAUAAUCUGGGCUUGCCAAGGGGUGCAGGGCAACCAUAAACUGUGCCUCCUCCCGGGAAACCUAAGAGUACAGAAGAACAGCCUAGAAUUCACAGACGAAAACCUUUGUGAUAGUAUCCUGAGGGGUUACAUACGUGAUCUGAAUCAAAAUCACGUAUGCCAGAAACGAGGAAGCGACUACAUCUUGAAGUGUCCCGACAAGUUCAGACCUGUGAAUGAAGACAGAUUUCCUAUACAACCGAACUCUUUGUUGAACGUAUAUUACUGUUCAGCGGAGACGUGCAACAGCAACACUUGCCCAGGGCACAGCAGAGCAUGCGUAGACGGACAGUGCGUUUGCAAGAAGGGAUUCGUGCAGCAGGGCAACGACUGCAUCGAUCCAUGUUCGAACAAUCCAUGCAAAAAUGGCGGCACCUGCAAGCCACACCCAGAUGUCAACUUCCUCUGCUUGUGUCCCGCAAAAUUCAAAGGACUUAAAUGCGAGGAAGACAACCUGGAACUGAGAGGUGCAAAACUUAACGUUGUUAUCGUGGGCGUCGUAAUGGCCGUUCUUCUGCUCCUGGCCCUCAUCGUGUCUGCUAGCGUUAUAUCCAGGAUGAAAAAGAAGCAAGGCCUACUCGAUGACACAAGCAAAGAGUUGGGCGUCCAAUCACGGCACGCGUACGAGGGACCUUACAACGCAUCGGCGCCCGUUUACAACCAUGACAACACAACGUUAUGAUCAACGUGGGUGCCGUUGGAAGCUAGCGACGCCUACCAUUACCACACACGUUCUUGUCUGUAGACACCCUCAUGUUACAAUGAUAGUAUUUCAUGUUUGUCGAGUCAUUUAGCCGCUGAUCUUGGCCUGUGGUGCAAUAAAGCAGAAGAGUGAAAGGAAGCCCAAUCCUCAUAUUUGAAUGCAGUAAACCUGAUGGAAAUCAGCCGGAAAGUGGACCAAUUCUUUACCCCUUUAUUUUUUUAUUUUUAUUCUCACUCUAGAUAUAGAGUCAACUAUAUAGUAUAAAUAUAUAAUAGUUCAUACCUCUGCCCGAAGUUGGUGGGAUCCCCUUUUCCGAUGGCACCUUGAAUAAAUAAAUAGAUAUAAUCAAAAAGGCAUUGUGGAAUUCUCCAUAGGUCAGUCACUGUUGAAAGGUGUAGUGUCAUGUAGGACCAUGAUCAAGAACGGUAUUAAUUUAGCGAGGUAGCGUGAGCUUUUCCUGCCACUUUGCUCUACCUACCUCGCUCGGGUGUAAAUAAGAUAAAUCAUGAAAUGGUCGUGAAAUUUCUUACACAGCCUGAAUGCGUAUUCUUUGCAUUUAUUGGAAAAUAAAGAGUGAACAUAGCGCCAAUGAA